CGCAAACGAGAAGGAAAUUGGCGUAGAAGAAGACGGAGGGCGGAAGUUGUUAGCAUUCGGAGCUUCUGAAGUCACAUUUCGGCCAAGCAAAAAUGCUCUCUCUUUUUCGCGUCUUCACGGCGCGAUGCGGAGCUCUUUGUGGCGCGUCUGGUUUUGGCCGGCCGAGGGGAAAUCAUCUCCAUGCUGUCAAAAGGUCACCUCUUUGCCUGAAACCGAAGGCGCGGUCUCACACUCCAACGUCUUUUCUCUCUACCGAGGCCCAAUCUGAAGAUGGCAACCUUAUUUACACGGGCAGUUUGGCAACUGCAGUUCGCGGGGUGAAAUUCUUCUCUUAUAGCACCAGUGGAGCCAGUCUCUGUCUCAUGCCGCAGAUCCUCCUGAAAAGCGGCCUCGGAGUGCAGAGCCCGACCCUGCAAGUGGCCUUCUGCGGCAUCGUUGGCUUCUUCACCUUCCUUACCCCCGCGCUCCUGCACCUGUUCACCAAGGGUUACGUCAUCCGCCUGUACCACAACCCCGAGCGGGACACCUACGUCGCCGUGACCUACAGCCUCCUCCUAACUGAGCGAAGGACGCUUUUUCAUCAGAGGCAGGUAAAAAUACCGGCGGUGAGCAAGAUGUUCACCACCUUCUACGCCAACGACACGGGGAUGCUGGUGAACCCGGACAUGUUCCGCCUCCCUCAGGAUUACAACCACCUUAUGGGCUACGACAAGCCCUUCACUUUCCCGACAUCUUAUCCGGACAGGCCGUGAUCUCCGCGACUGUUGUUGUUUCAGCUCAAUCGCUUCUAUCACUUGUACGCGCUUCCCAAAUUUUUACGCAGCAGCUCUUUUUGUUACAGCGAAUCUUUCAGCAAAAACAAACGUUGUCUUCACUGCGACCUGCAAAACUCCUCCAUCGAUUUGACAGCUCGAGUUUCUGCUUGUGGCUAUACGAGAUGGCGCCAAAAAGUCACUAUUUGGAUUUGCUGUACAUGCAACCCUGGCUUUGGUGACUUAACGGGCUGCGUUUUCGUGUUGAGGCCCAACAACUUUCACGUGGGAAAAUAUCAAGUCCCUCUACAAAACCGCUUCAUUUUGUUUGGAACUAUUUGAUGAGGUCAUUUAGCCCCCAGACUUAUCAAAAAAUUAGUGUGGCUAAAUCCAGUCGAGCCGAGAGCAUCUCGAAAGGCCGAAAGUGAGGCAACAUUUGAAAAGAAAUUCAAAAUGGCCACCUUGGUGUGGAGAGUAGGGCUCCAUCCAGAGACUUCCCCAAAGGUCUCCGCUUUUUGUCUGUGCCUCCAACUUUUGGUCCAUCUUGGUGAAAUGUUCAACUGGGGUUGUGUUGUUGAAAAAAAAAUGUUAGAGGGCGCAAAUCCUGGGGUAAAAAAAAUAAAUAAUCACAAUCGGUUAAUAAAAUUGUGCUUUGUCAAGCAUUAUGUGCCUACCAAGUUCCAUAUGUCAUCACAAACCUUAAGGAGACCAUCAAAAUUAGCGUAAUUUUUCUGAGCAAACGAUGCGUUGCUAUAGCAACAGUGUUGGAUGAAACCAAAUGCUUUGCUUUCACUUAAAUUGGUGACCAGUUUUAGAUGACAAAACCAAAGUUUCAACAGUUACAAAUCUCUUCGAGGGGUUAUUUAAGAAGGUGAGCCCUGUAAAAGCAAAAAACGGGGCCGCAAAUUUGAAUGAAAAUUCCAAUUUAGGUUAAGCAAAUGUAUGCGGGAGCCAUUUUUUGUUUUUUACGGUACUAUUCAAAAUAGUUCAGAUGGUGACUGUAUAGUACAAAGUGCGCGAAAAAUGUGAAAAGUAUUAUCGACAAUAAAAUGACAACUUGAUAAACGA